AGACUCCGGUACUGCACUCAGCAGAGCUACUGUGUUGCUUCCCCUGGGUGCGUCUCAUCAUCUCAUCGUCUCAUCGUGGAUUGAAAAAUUGGCGAGCAGCAUGUUUUGCCCACUGAAACUCAUCCUGAUGCCAGUGUUACUGGAUUAUUCCUUGGGCCUGAAUGACUUGAUUGUUUCCUCCCUUGAGCUAACAGUCCGUGUGGGUGAUUCAGCCCUGCUGGGAUGUGUUUUCCAGAGCACAGAAGAGAAGCAUGUGACCAAGAUAGACUGGAUGGUCUCAUCAGGAGAGCACGCCAAGGAGGAUUAUGUGCUGUACUAUUACGCCAACCUCAGUGUGCCUGUGGGGCGCUUCCAGAAUCGUGUGCGUUUGGUGGGGGACAUCUUACGCAAUGAUGGUUCUCUCCUGCUCCAAAAUGUGGAAGAUGCUGACCAGGGAACCUAUACCUGUGAAAUCCGGCUGGAAAAGGAGAGCCUGGUGUUCAAAAAAGCAGUGGUGCUGCAUGUACUACCAGAGGAGCCCAAAGAGCUCAUGGUUCACGUGGGUGACUCGACUCAGCUGGGGUGUGUUUUCCAGAGCACAGAAGAGAAACGCAUGACCAAGGUAGACUGGACAUUCUCAUCAGGAGAGCACGCCAAGGAGGAGGUUGUGUUACGUUAUUACCCCAAACUCAGUGUCCCUGUGGGGUACUCCCAGAACUGGGGCCGCUUCCAGAACCGUGUAACUCUGGUGGGGGACACUUCCCGCAAUGAUGCGUCUAUCCUGCUGCAAGGAGUGAAGGAGUCUGACAGAGGAAGCUACACCUGCAGUAUCCACCUGGGGAACCUGACCUUCAGGAAGACCACUGAGCUGCAUGUGAUUGUGAAAGAGCCCCAAACAUCGGUGACCCCAGCAGCCCUCAGACCUGAGAUCCUGGGUGGCAAUCAACUGGUGAUCAUCGUGGGGAUUGUCUGUGGCACUAUCCUGCUGCUCCCUGUUCUGAUACUGAUCGUGAAGAGGACCCACAGGAGUAAGAGCUCAGUAACCUCCACAAACCUGGUAAAAAGCCUGGAGAACAUAAAGAAGGCUGAUCCAGAGAAGCAUGUUUACUCUUCAAUAGCCACACGGGAGCAGGCUGAGGAAGAAGAAUCCAGUGGAAAAGCAGAGGCCACCUACAUGACCAUGCACCCAGUUUGGCCUUCUGUGAGGUCGGCACCCAGUAACCCACCCGAAAAACGUCACCUGGGGGAAUUCUAAAGCCAGAGCGGACGUUUGAGAAGAAAAGAGAGUUCCUUUUGCGCUUAGCAAUGGCAGAGACUCCUCUGUGUGUCCUGAGUUACUCGGCGGGUCCUUCCGGGACCCCCCCCCCCAGCCCCCUGAGUUGUUCUCUUGCCUCAUUGGUCAAAGGGCUGAAGAAGGAGGGUUCAGAACCCGGCAGAAAGACUGGACAGCUUGGGAGGGACAGGCCCCGGCAGAGGGAAGCAUGGAUGCGGUCCUUCCGGCCUGGGACGCUGGCCCUGGGGACCUGGCCGAGUGGCCGUGGUGGCCUCGAGCGUUCCCUCAGAUCCUCCGCUUCGACGGUGCUCUUCGUGGAGGGGUCCCUGGGAAGAAUCACAGAAACAAAAACCAACCCAAAUGAUUCCUUUGGCAAAUUACCCCUAAAUAAACAUGGCUUGUGGAAAUCA